AUGGACAUGGCGAUCGGCCUCACGAGCCUCGCAGUCGUUGCGCUGCUUACGCGUCAAUGUCUGCGUGUCAGAAGUAGAGCUGGCAAGUCGCGUCAGCUCUAUCAGGAUAAAGAUGGGGUUGCCACGCAAGACUUGGAGGCCGAAGCGCGCAAGUCAUUCUCAGUCGGAUUCUUUCUAAAUGCCGCCGCUGCAAUUGGAGCCUCCAUAUCAAUACUAGAUGUGAGGCGCUCUAGCAAUACUGGGCAAUGGGGUUUGCCAGGCGCGGCCGUCUCGCGAGUUGGCAUAUGGCUUCUCCUUGCUGCUCAAACUCUCACGAUUGCUAACGAGGUGGGCACACGUGAGCGAUACAGGCAUGGCAUCUGUGCAGCCAUAUCGGCCGCUAUUCUUACAAUAUAUGUUACGUAUUCGGAAUCAAGGAUGGAACUUGAUCUCUCAAUCCGGACGGCAGAAAGAGGUUGCGCUCUGGCCAUUGGAUUUUGUUCCUUGACCCUGCCUCGAAGCCCGGCCGUGUACAAAGACGGUCGUCUUGUCGAUCAUCAGAGUGGCAGCUCCAUCAUAUCUCUACUUUCAUUCUCUUGGUAUCCUCUAUACCGACCUGAGUUCUUAGAACUUGAGAGUAUAAGUUUGCGUGCCUUGCCUAUUCUGCCUCUUUCUCAAAGGAUCCGAGCUGCACAGCGAAACUUUAUGCAGUGCGCCUCUAGCGACAGACUCUUAUCGCGACUAAUAUGGACAUGGAGGCACACUAUCUUUCUCCAGUGGUCCCUUACUCUGCUGCACAGUGGAUCUCAGUUUGCAGGCCAAUAUCUGCUUCAGCGGUUACUAGGCUCCCUCGAGCGACCUUUUGCCCAGCAGCAGUACGCCAUGGGUCAUGCGUUGUCCCUGGGCUUGGCUCUUUUGUUGGAGAACAUGUUGGCAGGGUGGACUACUUGGGUCACCCAGGCAAAACUUACCAUUCCUAUGACUGCGCUCCUCAAAGGUGUUCUGUUUGAAAAUAUGACGAGACAGCGAAGCUCACAGCAAGCUGCGCCACAGACUACAAAAAGCAAAGCCAUGCUCUCUUUGGGGAGCUUAAUGUCAAACGACUGGCUGGCAAAGUUGGAGCUGUCAAAUUUGCAUACUGCUCAUUCCUCCGCAGUAUCUGAGCUGCUUCGAAGUCUCCGCCAAAUCCGUCUGUCUUCCAUGGAAGAGCUCUGGCAACAACGAGUCGCCGAAUCUAGAGCUCGUGAGCUGAGACAAAUAUGGCAUUGCGGAAUGAUCUUGGCAAUGCUGACUCUAGCGACCAACUUGGGACCAAUUCUACUAAUAGCGGUAUCGCUGUCCUCAUUUGCUCUUGAAGUUGGCCAUCUCAGCCCAUCGCUUGCUUUUGCUUCCGUUGGCCUGUUUCGUAACCUUCAUGCGGUUUUCCAAGAAUUGCCUGCCGCGGUGGCGAGUCUGCAAGAGUCUUUCACAUCGAGCAAGCGCAUCGAAAAAUAUCUGCACCGAUCCACCAACAUGCGAGUUCACGACAGCGUCGAUUUGACUACCUUUGAAGAUGUCAAGAUCACCUGGCCAAAUUCACGUAUCGCUUUAGGCUCAUCAAGCUCAUCCUUUAGUCUCAACAAUGUAAAUCUGCACUUCCCGAAAGGACGGCUCAGCAUCAUCACGGGCAAGACUAGUUCCGGCAAGGGCCUAUUACUCUCCGCGAUUCUUGGCGAAGCUGAAAUCGAAGCUGAAAAGGCCAAUUUCGAUCUCAGAUCAGUGGCUACGAAGCAAAUGAAAGCAUCUACGCGCAGUUUUGCGUAUGCAUCGCAACCUCCAUGGAUAGAAAACCGAACCAUUCGAGAAAAUAUCAUUUUCGGGAACGAGUUUGACGAAGAUCGAUACAUGGCUGUCCUACGUGCCUGCGCUCUGGAGAGAGAUCUCGAGACCCUUCCCCACGCAGACAUGGCCAUGGCCGGUGUCAACGGCGGAACUCUCAGUGGUGGUCAGAAAUGGCGAGUCAGUCUGGCCAGAGCUCUGUAUUCUAAGGCCCGGGUUCUUGUGCUCGACGACGUUCUCAGCGCAGUUGACCCCCAUGUCGCGAAAUGGCUUUGCCAACAUGCCUUGUCAGGCCCCUUGGUCCGUGGCCGCACAGUGAUUAUCGCGACCCAUCACCUGGCUACUUGCGUGCACCUGGCGAGUUAUCUCGUUACAGUUGAUUCCGGCACCGCCUCGGGCCGUGCUGUUACGCCCCGGCGUAAUUAUGGAUUGUUGAAUAUCGAUAUCAUGCCUAGGUCCGCGGCCAGCAGCCCCAAACCAGAUCCUCUGGCGCACUCCAUCGACGCACACAAAAAGCAUCCCGCCGUCUCUAGGCGCCCGGUCCUGCGGACCUUUACCAUUUAUAUCUUGGGAAGUGGACCAUGGCCUGUUCUGCUCGCUGUCUCGACAACCCUUGCGUGUCGGCUUCUCGCAGCGGGAAACUCAUGGUGGUUGACUAAAUGGACCUCGAAUAAAGAGCUUGACGAUAUGAGCCUCCGGUCCAGCUUGUACAUCUACCUAGCUCUGUCGGUCUGCGCCGCCGUUGCCGUGGCGGUGCAUGCCAUGGCUGUCCAGGGAGUCAGCCAACGUGCAUCAGACGUGCUGUUUCGAAAAACAGUGCGGAGCGUAAUAUGCAGCCCUUUGCGAUGGAUAGACAGUACGUCGCUAGGGAAGCCGUUGCACAGUCUGGCUUCUGACAUGUACUUGAUCGAUCACCGAGUUGCAGCAGGUUUGAGUGAUCUGCUGCGGAUCGUUAUGCAGCUCAUCCUAGUAAUUUUCACUAGUGGAGUUGCUACACCCCCGACUAUUGCUAUGAUGGUUAUUAUGAUGAGCUUCUACUUCAAAAUAACGACCAGACACCUUCGAGUGUCAAAACGCCUCAACAAGCUCGUUCCGCUGGCAGCACAGCCUGUUCUAGAGCACACAAACUCUGCCGAAUCCGGAAUCAUGAUAAUUAGAGCUUUCAAAAAAGAACCGACAUAUGUCGAGCGACAGAGAUGGAUUCAUGGCCGAUAUGGCAUUCUCGGCUCUUUAUUCGUCUGCGCCACCGCAGUGUCUUUGGUGCUUGCAGGCGCCAAUGCUGCAACAGCAGGCUUUACAAUCAACGUGGCCCUUCAAUUCAAGGCCACCAUGAGUGGCUUGAUGGGCAAGAUUAACCUUCUCACAAGUGGCGCUCGCGCCAUUGACCGCGUACUGAACAUUGCAGAGGCCCCAACAGAGAGACAAGGUGGCGAGGAUGUGGCCGCGUCUUGGCCAGCUUCUGGCAGGCUUGAAGUCAAGAAUGUGACUGUUCGUUAUGAUGCAGACCUGCCACCAGUCCUUCGAGGUAUUACAUUCUCACUCGCGGCACGUGAACGUCUUGGGGUUGUAGGGCGAACAGGUGCCGGUAAGACAAGCCUUGUCAAUGCUUUACUUCGCUUUGUCGACGUCGAAGAGGGAAGCAUACAUGUGGACGGGGUGGAUACCGCACCGCUCAAGCUUGCUCAUCUUCGAAGCUCCAUCUCUGUGAUAGCGCAAGAUCCAUUCUUGUUUUCAGGCACACUCCGCGCUAAUUUGGCUAUCCGUGGGCCCAAAGAUGACGAAGAGCUUAGAGAAGCUCUGAGAAAAGUUGCUGUGCAGACCGCAGACGGGCGAGAUGCAAUCAAUGUUCUAGACGACCUGGACAUGGCUGUCCAGGCGGGCGGUGAGAAUCUCUCUCACGGCCAGAGACAGAUGGUCUGCCUUGCCAGAGCAAUCCUAAACCCGCGGCGGAUCGUGAUUCUGGACGAAGCGACCAGCGCCGUGGAUCGGGCGACGGAUACCAUGGUCCAGGAAGUAAUUCGUCGGGAAUUUGCAGAAUCUUCCAUGAUCAUCGUGGCCCACAGGCUGGCUACAGUGGCUGACUUGGACAAGAUUAUGGUUCUGGAUGAAGGCAUGGCUGUGGAGUUUGGAUCUCCGGCUGAGUUGAUGCAGAAGAAGGGCAUAUUUUGGGACAUGAAUUUGUACAAAUUACCCUUGUUUUCCUUUGACUUUUUCGCUGUUCUCAAUGCUAGCGCACAACAAGACGCCGACGCUGCGCGCAACCAGAAACACAUGCACAGCUCCGGGCCACGCCUCAAAAAUGGCGUCGAUCUCCAGCUCCAGACGGCCUUUUACGAUCAGAACUGGAGCACCGUCGUGCGGCUCGCUGAGAAGCGCGCCAAGAUGGUGAAUGACCCAUAUUAUGAGGUCCUCAAAGUAUGCGCAGAGAGCCAGCUCGACGACCCGGCCGCCAAAUAUGGCGCCAUGACGGCUCUGCUCACCUACGCCAAGGACGGCACCGUGAUCAAGGACGCAGACGGAAUAGAUCUUCUUGAAUGGGCUACGCGGGACUUGUUAGAGGAGCAGGAUUUUCCAAAGACGCUGGGGCUUUUGCGAGUCCGAGCAGCCAAGGCCUCAUCCAAGGAUAAGAGCCAAACGACGAGAUGUCUCGAGUCUUGCCUUUUACACUGGGACCUUGUCAGCGCGCAACAAAUUUCUGCCCUGAUUGAUAAGUCAUUUUCCCAAGAGAGGGCAUUUCUCUUCUGGAACAUUGCCAUUACCCACCUUCUCGCUGCCGAGGACAAAAAGGCGCUUCCUUCCCGUGCUAUCCAAACAGAAGAGGAAAUACUGCUGUUGUACGAGAUUGUUGGCACCCAUGGCACUGCGGCAGACUUUGCCAAACUUGUCGACAGCGCCUUUUUCAGUCCCGUCGAGCAGCUCAAGCAAGGUCGCAAAGAGCCCCUGGUAUACGCUAUCAAAAAGCUGCAAAAGGACGAAAAUUGGCAAAGUCUUUUUGAUAUUUGUCAGGCUUGUCUAUCGGUUUCGGAUGACAAGGGAGUGCCAACACUACAGGCGUCUGACUGGGACGUCUGGCGGCAGUUCAUUACAGCUGCUAGCCAAAUACAAGAUUGUUACGCGCAAGCAACUGCAGCGGUUCAAGAUUUGCUUCUGAAACUGUCCAAGGCGGCAGACUCGAAACCCAUGUAUAAGCGAAACGUCAUGCUUGCACGGGUUUCUGCGAGCUUCCAGCUGCUGGAGUCUGAGCAUCCCGAUGCGAUAGACUCUAGCCCCUCAUCGCUGCGACUGCGCGAACUCGUCAAAUACAUCAACAAUCAGGCGUCUUAUCCCUCAUGCUUUGAUGAUAUCCGCCUAUUUGCAGAGCAGCUCGACCCUAGCGGCAUUGACUACCUCGCCCACCACCACUUUUUGUCACAAGAGCCGAGUGACGAUCUCCCAGAGCUUAGGAGGCAGAUUUUGGCCCUCAAGCUGCAAUACUUUGCUGCAACGUGCCCGCAGACUUGCGUCACUGCCGGCACAACGAGCGAGCGGCGCUCAUGCCGGGAACCACUAUUCAAGAAAGUCUAUCAAGCUAGCAUGGCGUUGCACAAAUACAUCAGCACAAUAUCCUCCUACGCGUCUCAGUCGACAAAAGAUGUCCAGUCCGAGGUCGCUCUCGUUGCCGCAUUCUGCCUCAUUGGACUGGCCAAUCAGCUCCCGUCUUCACUUCCCACGACCGAGGCUACGCAGUAUCUGGUGCAAGCGCUUCUCCUCCUUCAGCAGCAGCUCAGCUCAUCCCCAAAGCACAGCCAAAUAUCUCUGCUGCUCGUCCAGCUCCAUCUGCGCGUCGGAUCCGCCCCCGAAGCGCUCGCCGUCUGGGACACGCUGGCCGUGAAGCGCACCAUCAUGGACUCGCUCGCGCCGCUGUUCUACGACCGCCUGUCCACGGUGGCGCCGGGCAUGACCUCGCCGCUGACUGACGCCGGCUGGCAGCUGAUGACAUCCAUCAAAACGCACUAUCAAACAUCGCUCAAGAUGCGUAUGCCGCGGCGGUUGAUUGACGCGUUCCAGGAUGGUAGUUACAGCAGUGUCUUGGCGGUGCCAAGGUAUAUUGAGAAUCUGCGCGUGAGCUGUACUCGGGCCAUGAGUCUGGUGGAGAGUGUGCGAUCCGAGCGACUAUUUGGAGUUACAGACACGGACUUUUUCAGUGAUUCGAGAUUCACUGAAGUUCGCGACGAUACGAGCAUGAACGAAAUCAUCGACUACGGAUCAUUCCCAUCAUGGAGCCACAGUGCCACCCCCGCCAUCUACGAACGGCUCAGGCUUGGGCCACCUCCAAGUAAUCGCAGAGCCCAUCUCUCCCUGCUCGCAGAGGCAUUCCAGCAGACUCUAGCCUACACGCCGCCCUCUUUCUACAAGGUGCCCGUGGCAGGUUCCGUGGCAGACCAAGGAUAUGUCAUCGAGUCCCUCGGACAAAUCGCCAACUCUUUUUCGAAAUUCCUCCCCGACGCGGCCUCUUCCUUGACCGAGUCGGAGCUGCACUAUUUCCAAGUCGUCAGUCUGCUGUCCUCCCUCGUCCCGCUCUGCGCCGACCGCGCCAGCGGCCUCCACGAGCUCGUCGGCCAGCUCGCCAGCGCCGUGACCGCCUCCCUCGACAGCCAGCGAGACUACCUCGCCGCGCUGGCCUCUGGCACUGGCAUUGGCCACGCGACAUCGCUGCUCCAGUCGCUGCACCGCGUCGUGCUGCUGCGCGACACGGCCGUCGCCGUCCGAAACGCGGCGCAGUGGAUUAUUGGCUUCCACGAGAAGCAAAAGGAGCGCGACCGCUCGGGCCAGAGCAACCUUCCCAAGGACGUGGUCGCGCAGACCAAGGCGCUGGGCGCGGCGGCGGACGACGCGCUCAGGCAGUGCAGGUCGUGGAUCAUGCGGCUGGCGCAGGACACCAAGUCGGGCGGCGUGGUGGAGAGGGAGAUUAAGAGGUUUGUGUAUGGCGGAGAGGAGGGAAGGCUUCUGCAAGGCGUCGUGACGGACGGCACCGUCUUUGAUUUGGUAGGUAGCUGGCGAAAGAGUCUGGCUGGAUGGCAGGGAGUCCAUUGGCAGUAG